CUCAUACUGAACACAUGGGGGGAGCAGGCGGGUCCUCACAUGCAGGCUCUGCACUUCAGCUUCGCAGCCGGGGCCUUUGUGUCUCCGAUCAUAGCCAAGCUGGUGUUUGGGCCUGACGGGAACAGCAGCACAGGAAUCAUACCAGACAACUCCACAGAACAAAUCACCAAGGCCCCCGACCCUCACACCGCCGCCCGCUAUGUCCACAGCAGGAGCAGCACUCUCAAAUCCAUGUGGGCCUACGUUGUGAUCGGCUCUUUCGUCUUUUUCAUCUCCUUCCUCUUCUUCAUCCUCUACACUCGCAGGAGCAUGUCACAAGACAAAGCCCGCACGUCGUCCGGAAAGCCCCUGGUAGCCAAGCAUCACCUGGCUCUUGUUGUCCUGCUUUUCUUCUUCUUCUUUGCAUAUGUAGGUGCUGAGGUAGCAUACGGCUCCUUCAUCUUCACCUUCGCCAAGGACUACGCCCAUAUGAAUCAGUCCCAGGCGGCUGGGCUCAACUCGUUGUUCUGGGCGGCGUUUGCUGCCUGCAGGGGGUUGGCUAUCUUCUUUGCGGCCUGCAUGUACCCGGGCACCAUGAUCCUGCUCAGCCUGGUGGGCUCCACCGUGUCCUCUCUGCUUCUCUGCCUCUUCAGCAGGGAGAACGUGGCCGUCUGGGUGUGCACUGGUCUGUACGGGGCGUCCAUGGCCACCACCUUCCCCAGCGGAAUCUCCUGGGUGGAGCAGUACACCACAGUGACGGGCAACACGGCGUCUGCCUUCGUGGUGGGUGCAGCACUGGGUGAGAUGGUGUUGCCCGCUCUUGUAGGCUUCCUGCUGGGGAAGUUCAAGGACCAACCCCUGCUCAUGUACCUGUCACUCAUCACCGCCACCUUCACCGCCAUCCUCUUCCCGGUCAUGUACAAGCUGGCCUCGGCCCCAAGCAGCCAGAGCAGGAAACCCCGCGCCAGGGGCCGGCCUGACGCUGACGACAGCGAAUAUCGCCAGGCGCUGCUGGACUCAGGAGCCAAUGACGAGGAGGAGGAGGAGCAGGACAACGAGGCCGAUCAGUGGAACGACGCAGACUUUGAGGUUAUUGAAAUGGAUGACACGGCCAGUCUCAUCAGUUCACCCAGCAAGGCGGCCUCUCCUCCUGAUGUCACUGGGCUAACAGGGAGCGCCGCCGCCUCCAACACCCAGGUGUCAGAGCAUGCAGGUGGAGCCUCUUUCUCAGACAUCACCCCCCUGGUCGGAGACUCCCCCAGAUGCAAAGUGCUGCUCUCUCUGGACAGAGAGAAGAGAGACUGAAACUUCCUCUGUUGAUGUCUCACUAAACACUAGAAGAGCCACGCCUCUAACAUAGCUGUGCUCAUUUGUUGUCCUGAACCUGAAAACUCCAAUAUUGAUGAAGAGUUCGGAUGAUUUACUGUGCAGUGAAUGCAAAACUGACUACUGACCGAAACCUGUGCAGCUUAAAACCACCCAUACAGUAUGUUGACUUUUGCACAGACUCAGCUUGUGGACCCCUCCUGGAUGAUGAAGGAUCAGCUUUUUUAACUGUACUGCUCCACAGCAGAUUGUUAUACAUAAUAAAAUGUGUCAUUGAUUCUCUACAAAGAGUCUGUGUAGGCCUGCUCCCCUCCUCAGUGAGGUCAAAGGUCAGGGAAGACUAGAGAACAGAUGUCCCAGGGCUGGCAGAAUUCAGUGCCUUGCUCGAGGACACGUGAGCUGAGUGGAUGAGCUGAGCCAGGGACUGUCGCGCUCUUCAUCACGCCACCCUGCUGCCAAAAAACCCUGAAUUUUAGAAAUGUAAUUUAAUUUUGCACUAUUGCAGUGAUUUCAUAAACAGUAGGACUUGUGUGAGAUGAUAAAGCUUUUUUUUCUUGUUAGACUUUUGUAAAGCUCAGAUUGUUCUGUUUGUCGUGCACUGUAACGUGUGGUGUGGCCUGUGCUUCUCUAAGUCAUGUGGUGUCACUGUGAUUCAUUUGUUUUUGGCACUCAAUCAUUGACAGAGGGCAUUUCAAUACAUUGACUUUUUAUUAUAUCAAUCUCAAACCUCCACCCACAGCUAUGUCCAUUAAAAACAAACCAAAAAACA